CCUGCAGGCGACGGCCGGGCUGAGGUGCGGCGCUCCCGGAGCGAUCCGGUGUGCGAAGUUACCAGCUCAGCCUUCGUGCAGAGCUCGUGGGAUCCCUUAAUCCCGUGAAACUUAAACACGGGCUUCUUAAAAUAUAAUUAGCCUAAGCUGGGAAGACUGCUGGCAGCGCCAACGCGUUAUGCAACUGCAGCUCCUCUGUGUCAGGGCAGGAGGAUGUUUCCGAGCCCUGUUUAGUUCAUCCGUUUCCUGGCCGUAGGACGUUUCUCCUUGUGCUGACCUACCUGCUCGUUUCUUUUCUCCCCCUCCCGCCAGCUGCUCGCAGUGCUGAACCCCGGUGUCCCUUCGGGCUGCGACUCGGCGUGCGCCCUCGUCCAGAUACGGCAUGGCAACCAGCGCGGGCGGCGGCGGGACGGCGGCGGCGGCAGCGGGAGAACCGGCACACGCGGUGUCGCUGCUGCGGGGGCUGAGCGCACUGCGGGCGGAGCGGAGCCUGCUGGACGUGACGGUGGUGGCGGGCGGGCGGGAAUUCGGGGCUCACCGCGCCGUCCUGGCCGCGGCCUCCGGCUAUUUUCGCGCCAUGUUCGGCGGGGCGCUGCGGGAGGCGCGGGCGGAGCGGGUGCGGCUGCACGGCGUGGAGCCCGAGUGCCUGUCGCGCCUCCUCGACUUCGCCUACACCGGCCGCGUGGGCGGGCUGGGCCCCGACAUCGCCGAGCGCCUGCUGCGUGCCGCCGACCUGCUGCAGUUCCCCGCCGUCAAGGAGGCGUGCGGCGCCUGGCUGGCGCGCCAGCUGGAGCCCGCCAACGCGCUGGACAUGCAGGACUUCGCCGAGGCCUUCGCCUGCCCCGCGCUGGCGGCCGCCGCGCACCGCUUCAUCCUGCGGCACGUGAGCGAGUUGGGCGCCCAGCUGGAGCGCCUGCCGCUGCCGCGCCUCCUCUCCUACCUGCGUGACGACGGGCUCUGCGUCCCCAAAGAAGAGGCCGCUUUCCAGCUGGCGCUGCGCUGGGUGCACGCCGACCCCGCCGCCCGCGCCCCACUGCUGCCCCAGCUCCUGGCGCACGUCCGCCUGCCCUUCGUGCGUCGCUUCUACCUGUUGGCCCACGUGGAGGGCGAGCCGCUGGUGGCCCGCUGCCCGCCUUGCCUGCGCCUCCUCCAGGAGGCCCGCGACUUCCAGGCUGCCCGCCUCGACCGCCACGACCGUGGGCCCUGCGCCCGCAUGCGGCCCCGGCCUUCCACCGGCCUCGCCGAGAUCCUCGUCCUCGUCGGUGGCUGCGACCGCGACUGCGAUGAGCUCGUCACUGUGGACUGCUACAACCCGCGCACUGGGCACUGGCGCUACCUGGCUGAGUUCCCCGAGCACCUGGGUGGGGGCUACAGCGUCGCUGCCCUGGGCAAUGACAUCUACGUCACCGGGGGAUCGGAUGGAUCGAGGCUGUACGACUGUGUCUGGAGAUACAACUCCAGCGUGAACGAGUGGACAGAGGUGUCCCCAAUGCUGAGAGCCAGAGAAUACCACAGCUCUACGGUGCUGGACGGCCUGCUGUACGUUAUCGCCUCCGACAGCACAGAGCGCUACGACCACUCGGUGGACAGCUGGGAGGCCCUGCAGCCCAUGCUGUACCCCAUGGACAACUGCUCCACCACCUCGUGCCGUGGCAAGCUGUUCGCCAUCGGCUCUCUGUCUGGCAAGGAGACCAUGGUGAUGCAGUGCUACGACCCUGACAGCGACCUCUGGUCCCUGGUGAACUGCGGCCACCUGCCUCCCUGGUCCUUCGCCCCAAAGACCGUGACUCUGAACGGGCUCAUGUACUUCAUAAGGGAUGACUCAGCUGAAGUGGAUGUUUACAAUCCAGUGAAGAACGAAUGGGAUAAAAUCCCUGCCAUGCUUCAGGUCCACGUUGGGGGCAGUGUGGCUGUGCUGGGAGGGAAGCUCUACGUCUCUGGCGGCUACGACAACACCUUUGAGCUCUCGGAUGUCCUGGAAGCUUACGACCCCGAGACACGAACAUGGAGCGUAGCAGGGCGGCUCCCUGAGCCCAUCUUCUGGCACGGCAGCGUCAGCAUAUUCCGACAGUUCAUGCCAGAAACCACACAGGAGGAUGACAGCAUCACGCUGGACAACACCAUCAACCUGAACAGGCAGCGCCCGAACCUUCACCACCAGAACCUGAAUGAGCUGCGUUAGCAGGGCAGCGUGCCAUCCCUGCCUCAGUGCGAGUUCGUUGCCCACAACCGGUGUUGCUCUGAGAGAAGGCAGAGGCAAACUGGAGCCUGGAAGCAAAAAUGUACUGAUUAGUACAGGGAGUAAAAAUGGAGUGUUUGAAAUGCUGUUGUAGAAACCUAGCUGGCAGAACACGAGGCCUUUGGGUGCAGCGUUCCUCAGCCCUUUUCUUUGGAGGCCGAAGGUGCAGUGCUACUCACAGAGAAGGUCUGAGAAGUGAACUCUGCAGAAAAUGGCUGUGUGAAGCACCACUUAAGCACCACAGCUUACAGCUUUCGGGCAGACGCCCUUCACCUGGAGCUCCUUCACUUUGCAACGCUUUGUUUGUCACGUAAUUCCUUUCUUCAGUCUCUUCUGAUGGGGAAAAAAAAAGGAGCAGAAGGAAAACAGGCAGGACCAAAACCCUCAGGAGGAGGGUUCUGCUCAGUAGGACUGCGGUCUGGACUCCCCUCGUCUGCUGUAUGCUUUAGAGGAAGGCAGGCCUCUUGGAUCUCUUCCUCUGUGCAGUUAGAGGGGAAGAGAUGUCUCUACAAGAAGCUGAAUGAGAGGCUGCUGUGAGGCUGCAGCCCUUCGUCCGUCGUGUCACCGCAGUCCCUGGCUUUGUUCAAUGCCUUCUGGAAGAACACAUGUCUGCGCAGCAGGGAUCUCCGAGGGGCUGGGUUGUGAAGCUUGACCUUUCCUGUUGUCUGAACUUCAGUUCUUUGUGUGUUUUGCUGUUUUUUAAGUUGUGGCAUUUAAACUUUUGCAGGUAUUUGUUUUCCUACCCUUCUUAGAAUGGCACUUUUGUUUUUCCUAAUAAGAAACACCUUUAUUUAUUUUUUAAUCACAUUCUCACAACUAGGUUGCCUUCGUUUGUGAUCACCUGCACCGUUCCUUAAAGGGAAAGAGAAAAGUGCCUGCCUUGGCUGGCUUGUGGAGCGCCAGGGCCCUCAGGGAGGAGCCUUUCUGCUUUCCCAUUUUGACAGAGCUUGCUGGUAUCAGGCUGCUCAGCUUGUAGAACACGCCUGGGCAGCUCGUUCUUCUGACCAGGGCUCUUUGCUGACAAUCCUUUUACAUCAAGCUCUUGGCACGUGUGCAGGGUCAGGCAGAUAGGCCCUAUGCAGCAAGGGCACACUCUUGUCCGUCGCUGAAAAGGAACUGGGUGGAAGUUGUACUGUUUUAGAAGGCUUAUCUGGAAAGGUAAGCACAGCUUCCUUAGAUUUGCUGCAGACUUGUGGAAAAAAUAAGCUAGUGGUGUUUAGACACCAUGAUGCAGAAAUGCAUUAACUGGUGUGAAGGAACCUACUGAACCUCUGGAGAGUCCUUGUGCCUGUCUCAUCUUCAGUUUGCAGAGGCUCUUGGACUUGGAGUAAUUGCAAAAUGCUGCUGGCAUCAUUUGGCUGAGUUGUAGGAGGUAGUGAGAGUGCUGCAGAGUGCAAGGUAGUUAUUUAGGGUUUUCUUUUGUUGUUGUUUUGGUCUGUGUAAGAUAUGCCUUUAUACUUGCUCAAGUGACCUAGCUAGCUUGAAUUGUAUUUCCUCUGUAUACCUUCAGCUGAAGAAAAGCUGCUUGCAGUUGACUUGUGGAAUGUUUCUUAAACAAGCAAACAGUUACAAUGGCUCAUCUGAAAAUGAGCACUACGCCUUCAGGAAAAGUGAACUGUAACAGUGGCUGAAAUGGUGGCUGGAUUGGUUUUCUUUUUAAUUCUGAUUUUUAACCAAGGGGUAAAAAGUGAAUUUGAGCUUGAUUCAGAAAUGGAAAGCUCCUCUGUGCCCUCUGGCUUGCCACCACAUUGAGUGCAUCAGAACUAUCUCCAUAAAAUCGACACGUUCACAGCUUUAAAAUACCCAUUUUGCCUUGGAUGCUGUUUUAUGCUGGGCCGUGAGACUCGAGAAAGCUGUUCUUUAGGCUGGGCUGUGCUCGAGGUUGGAAGCUUGGACCGUGCCUUGAAGCCGCCGUGCACAGAGGAAGCGCAGCUGGGACGCAGCGGGACCUCGUGGCUCAGCGCCCUGCUGCCAUCGGUGCACGCAGUGCAAGCUGCUGCUGCCAGGAGCAGCCCUGCAGCCCUGCGCCCCGCUGUGCUGAGCUGAGCACGGCCAGAGCUGUGCAUGCUGCACACGGAUGUGGCAGUGCUGAGCUCCAAGCAUCCUGCAUACACCACACCUCACUCUGUAGCGCUCACUGCUGCAUCUGCCACCCGUAAAUUCCCCAACCGGUCCGACUGUUAGGGAGCUGUAUUUAUUUUUUGUAAAAUCCAUUGUGUCCAAAUCUUUGCGUCCUGUUUGAAUACCAUCCUUUGAAACAAAGGCAUUUUACAUUUACAGAUGAUGUAUUUUUAUUCUCAUAGUUUGUUUUUAAGUUUACUUGCAACGGUCAAGUUAAAUAAAAGAUGUUACAUUA